AUGCUCAAACGCGCUACCCGUCAAUUACUUGUUCGUCCAUCAUCAACACACCUCAAGUUUAUUCAACCAGCAUCCGGUUAUCAUGUCUCUUUGAAUAACAACAUUGGUUCCAUAUUCGAUGUUAAGGACUCCAACGACAAUGAUAUUUUCAAAUCUCUUACUCAAGCCUUUGAAGAGGACAAUAACAACAACAACAAGCGCCCAAAUAAGAAACAACAACAACAACCACAAAAGGAUUCAUCAUCUGUUCUCAUGAGAAGUAUUUUCGAAGAAUUGAAGAGCACUGACUCUAACACAUCAUCACAAAAAGCAACACCUACCACUACCGAUGCCUCCAAGUUUGCUUUUGAUACAUUCUUGUUUGGUGAUACCAAGAUGGAUACCUUGACUCUUCAAUCAGCCACACAAACUGGAGCUUCUAAACAAUCUCAAGAGUCCUAUUAUUUGGGACAAAAAGUUGUUCAUGAAGAUCCUAUUACAUUUGAAGUUUUUGUUGAAGGUCAAGUUAAAUUAAUUUCUAAAGCUCUCCAAAGAGUUUCAAGUGAACGUGUCGAUACAUUGUCGAAGGAAACCAGUAAAAUGGUGCAAUUAUUGAGAACCGAACAAGCCAAGCUUGAAGAUGUUGAAUCAACUUUCCUUUCAAUUGAAAAGCCAACAGCAGCUGAUUUUUCAUUGAUGGCUAAGGCCUAUUCCAAAGAUAUUAGUACUCGUAUUGGUGUCAAUAACACAUACAAGCAAUUACAUGAUCCACAAGCAUUUGGUACCAUACUCUUACAAACCUAUGCUAAAUUGGGUCAAAAGGAUAACAUGAAUCAAAUUUUGGAACACGUCAGCAAGGACUCUUUGGUUUAUAUCUCUUUACUUAAGAAUUUGAAGGAAAUGAGAGCCUCGUUCGAUUUGUUGAAGAACUUUUAUGAUUCAAUUCCAGAAAAUAUGAAGGAAGAAGGAUCAUUCAUUAGAGAAACUUUGAAGAGAGAAGAAAAGGUCAAUGACAUGGAAAAUAUUCUGUUGAAGGAAGGUGCUCCAAUUCAAGGUACUUACUUUAAUGCUUUUGUUACCCCAAUUUUGGGUUACAAUAGGCCACAUCCACCAGAACACAAAUAA